AACGACAUUUUUUGAGUUUCUCAUUGGGUUGUUAGAAACUACAAUUUUGUAAGGACGAUUGCUUGACGCUUUUUAUGUUGUUUUGUUUUCAAGACUUUCCUGUUUUUUCUUCUCAGAAAGGGAUCCAAAAUCUGUUCUCAUUCAACAAGUCUUAUUCUCUUUGUAACCGACAGAGAAUAGUCUUAAAAUGUAUCCGCUAUCGUUCUUUGAGUCAAGGUGUGUCAAGAAAGAGUUGGCACUGCUGUCUUUCACAAGAACCCAACAAAGAAAUGGCUUCCAGUGAUUGUUCGCCAAAUAUUCAUAGCCCUUUAUCUGAAGACUCUUUUCAGCCAAUUACAAAGGUGAUAAAGGCUGGUCAUAAGCCACAGGAGUGGACUACUGAUCCUUUAGGCCGUUCAUUUGUGAAUCCACCAGUCUAUCAUGCUUCUACGAUAACGUUUCCAACUGUGGAAGCCUAUAGAGAAGCAGCAAAGGAUUAUCCUUUUACUGGUUUAUGGUAUGGAAGACAUGGUACUCCUACUGCCUGGGCUUUGGAAGAAGCUUUUGCAGUUAUCGAAGGCGGUUAUAAAGCCUGUGCGGUAGCUUCGGGUGUCGCUGCUAUUAAUGUAUCUUUAUUGGCUUUCUUAAAAUCAGGUGAUCAUGUUCUAAUGACAGAUGCUGUGUAUGAUCCGACACGCUCCUUUUGUGAGGAAUUUUUGAAGAGGUUUGGAGUACAAGUCACGUAUUAUGAUCCUAUCAUUUCUGCAGAAGAAUUGGAAAAGUACCUGCAGGACAAUACUAGGAUAGUAUUCGUAGAAAGUCCAGCAUCAUUAUCCUUUGAAAUACAAAACAUUUCGAUGCUUUCUAAAGUGGCUCAUCAACAUGGAGCUAUCGUCAUGAUGGAUAACACUUGGGGACCUACUUUAUUUCAACCUUUUGAACAUGGAGUCGAUGUUUCAAUCAAUGCAGCUACAAAAUAUAUCGGAGGCCAUUCAGACCUCAUGUUGGGUUUGAUUGCUUGUUCCAAAGAGACAUAUCGUCCUGUAAAGUUAAGUGUGAAGUCGUUGGGUUGUCCACCUGGACCAGAUGAUUGUUAUUUAGCACUUCGAGGAAUUCGAACACUUUCUGUACGUUUAAAGCAACAUGAGAAAAACGCUUUAGCCAUUGCCCAGUGGUUAGAACAGCAACCUCAAGUUGCCAAAGUUAUGCAUCCAGCACUUCCUAGUCAUCCUCAACAUGAAUUAUGGAAACGAGACUUUUCCGGUUCUUCUGGCUUGUUCGGAUUUCAGUUGAAAAGACACUAUUCACAAAGAGCAGUGGAUAAUAUGCUAAACCAUUUCAAGUUGUUUUCUAUGGGAUUUUCUCGGUUCGAACGAUUAAGAAAUGGAGCACACAAGAAGGAAUUACUCUGAGAGUUCAUGCUGGACUGGAAGACGUUCAGG